CUUCUAUAGGAGCAAAAACGCGUUGAUAUAUAUAUAUAUAUAUUGUAUAAGCAGAUGAUCCAAACGCGUUGUUGUAUAUAUAGUGUAUAAGCUUUGGCAACCCAAGGUUUUUAGGUGGAGAAACUGAGAGUAUUCAGACACAACUCUCUCUCUCAUAUGAAGUGUGUCCUCACUCCUUGGCGGGCAACAAUUGAUGAUAGAACAUCCACGUCAAGGAUUUCAAACCUAUCUUCUCUCACUUUUUCUUGAUGUUUCAUCAUGGACAAACUCAUCUGACAUAUAGUAGUAGUUUUUGACUUCUCUGUUUUGUUCCAACGCCCAGAAUUCAAGUUCAAAGCUUUGAAAUUUGGACAUUUUCCUCCACAAGACAAACACUCUACUGUGCUCAAACCCAGUUUUCUUACCUCUGUCUCCUCUUUUCUCUCUCUCUUUGGCUUUUCCUUCACUUUCACAGCUUCAAUGGCCAUCGUCUAACCAAAUCCCUCAAAGCCCAUUUCAGAUCUCUAAAAGUUCGAUCGAUUUCUAUCAUAAACUCAAUCAAUCUCUUUUUAAAACAAACCCAAUUCAUCAAAUUUGAUUCCAAAGCUAGUCCUUCAUUUUUUUACUUCAAAUCCUUGAAGUUCUGGUCAUUUUGGUUCAAAAAGUGCAAUACCCAUUUCAUAUAUUCCUAACUUCAAUUUUUUGCUGUUCAUAAACUCAAUCAAUCUCUCAAUUAAAACAAACCCAGUUCAUCAAAUCAUCUAUACAAACCACAAACUCUGAUUUUUUCAUCUGCCAAACCUCCAAGUUCUGACAUAUUUUUUUGAUUUCAGAUCUCCUAAUAAACUCAACAAAUCACCAAAAGAAGCCAAAACAAUGCAAGACCCAUCAACGUAUCAACAGAUCAAACCACCGCAAUUUCCUGAAGAAGAGCACUUGAAAUGCCCGCGCUGUGGCUCACCAAACACCAAGUUCUGUUACUAUAACAACUACAACCUCUCUCAGCCCCGCCAUUUCUGCAAGAACUGCAAGAGGUACUGGACCAAAGGAGGCUCUCUCCGGAACAUCCCCGUCGGCGGUGCUAGUCGGAAGAACACGAAGCGGUCUUCGAACCCGAAGCGCUCUUCGUCGUCGUCCUCAUCAUCGGUGUCAUCAUCUUCAAUAACGUCCCACGGUGUUCCAAAAUCGGAGUCUUUGGUGGUGGUGCCGAAUCAGGACCGUCCAAUGUUCGACGUGGCGGGGAGUUUCAGCUCGCUUCUGGCGUCGAAUGGGAAUUUGAUGGAGGGUUUGAAUCCGAAUGGGUUGAAGCUGGGUGAUUUUGCAGAGAACCCGAAUUCGAGUUCGGGGUCGAGUUUGAUGCCGGACCUGUCAAUGGAACUGCAGAGUGCUCACAAUGCGGAGGGUUUUUUGGGUGUUCAGAGUGGUGGAGAUUCCAGCUGUUGGGGUGGUGACAAUGGGUGGCCUGACCUUGCCAUUUACACACCAGGUUCUAGCUUUCAGUAACAAAAACGAAAACUUUAUAGUAUAUAUAUAUAUAUAUAUGAAAACCAUUUAUAGUCCAUCAUCCCCAUUCGGAGUUGUCCCACUUUCGGACUACACAGGGUGUUGUUCGACUUUUGGACGUUCUAUCAUUCAUUAUAUAUAUAUAUAUAUAUAUAUAUAUAAAGAGAGAUAAUUUGGAUAUUAUCUUUGUUGGAGUAAUGGUGCUGAUUGAGAGAAAUCUUAUUAUCAUAUAGUUGAGACUAUGGUCUAUGGUGGUGCAGAGAGAUGUGUGCAUGAAUACUUUCAGGCGUAUUUUAGUACUUUCUGAUAACAAGAAGGUGACAUCCCCUCACAAAGGCUGCUAAACAUUAGGUUUUGUUGAGUUUUAUUUUGUUUGGUGUUUGUUUGUAUGUGUUCUGGGAAAAAAAAAAAAAAAUGAUUGUUACCAAGAUGUUGUCUUUUUUUUUUUGGGACUGUACAGAGAUUUGAUUUUCUUAUUAUAAUGGCUAUUUCUUUAUGUUUAUUGGUUUA